CCUUCCAUUUUUUUCACUCCAUUUUAACGCGGAAGUCGGUGCCGCAGCAUAGACAGUUACUGUACAUGCAGAUUUGUGAUUUAAACAAAACAACGUCAUUUAGUUCUGAGGAAAUACCGGGUUGUACAGGCUGGGAUCAGCAGUUCAGAUCAUCAUGCCUGUUGCCGUGGCAGCAGGACAGGAAGUGUGCAUGUGAGCGCACCUGGUCAGCUCCGCUGGGAUGAACAUGCCACUGCACCAGAUCUCUGUCAUCCCCCGUGAUGUCACUUCCUCUCGGGUGUCUGGCAGUGGGAAGGCCAAGGACAAGGACAAGCAGAAUGAGAAGCCUCUCGGCCAUUCUGCAAGCAGGUCCAGCAAUAUCUCAAAGGCCGGGAGCCCCACAUCUGUGAACGCCCCAUGCAGCUUCUCACGGACAUCUGUCACCCCCUCCAACCAGGACAUUUGCAGCCAUAGCGCCACAAACCAGGACAUGGAAUCCCAAAAACCUUUGCACACAACUGUGGUGCUAUUGAACUCAAACGGCAAAACAUCUCAGGGUUCUGUGGGUGUGUCCAUCACCACCCUCAGUCUGGACGCACCCCCUGCUCCCAAGGUCUCUAAACCCAGGGGCGGAGUCUCUUUUGGGGCCGACUGGCUCUCUUUGCUCCGCCCCUCAGUGGUGAACGUGGGGUCCAAUGGGACUUUGAAGUUCUCCCGCUCUCUCAAUGACGUGGGCCAGCGCAUGGACAGCCUGUGUAGCGGCCUGCACUUCAUAGACCGCACCUGCUCCGAGGGAGAGCUGGAGGUGAAGCCCGACCCAGUCCAGACCGCCAACACGGACCGCCGCACACAGACACUCAACAGCAAGCCCAGCCAGGCACCCACACAGCACACUGCACACGACCACCGCCACCUCGUCCCUUCCUUCACCAACAACUACAAAUACAUGGGAGGUCUCUCCCCUGACUACUGUUCCCCCCAACCAACCCCUGGAAUCCCCCCUCCUCCUCCGCCUCCCAGCACCCACCUUCACCCCCCCAGCUCCAAUCUGCUCCGUCUCUUCCUACCCUUUUCUCGCUCCUCCACCUCUGCCAGCCUGCAGUGCUCAGAGCUGGGCAGCUACACCUCUCGCCUACACAUCCCCAAGUCCUCAAGCGCCUUCCUGGGGGGCAGCGAACUGGGGGUUGGAGUUGAAGACCUCAUGGGGGAUGACGAGGUGUUUGAGAUGGAGCAGGAAAGAACCAGCCACAUACUGCCGGAAAGGCCUGGGGCAGGCCUAGGGACUGGAGGCAGGGUAGCGAGUCUGCAUGCUCCCCUUUGCUUUAUGGAUGAAGACAGUGAUCUGGACCCGUGCUCAUCUCCUGUCUCAGAGAAAAAUGGGCCCCUCUCACCCUACUCUCUGUCCGGGGACUGCUGCAGGAUCUGCCACUGCGAGGGCGAUGAUGAGAGUCCUCUGAUCACGCCGUGCCACUGCACGGGCAGCCUGCGGUUCGUCCACCAGGCCUGCCUGCAGCAAUGGAUCAAGAGCUCAGACACACGCUGCUGCGAGCUCUGCAAGUACGAGUUCAUCAUGGAGACCAAGCUGAAGCCCCUGCGCAAGUGGGAGAAGCUGCAGAUGACGGCGAGCGAGAGGAGGAAGAUCAUGUGCUCAGUCACGUUUCACAUCAUCGCCAUCACCUGCGUGGUGUGGUCUCUCUACGUCCUCAUUGACAGGACUGCGGAGGAGAUCAAACUAGCCGGAAGAAUCCCAGGGAUUCUAGAAUGGCCUUUCUGGACCAAGCUGGUGGUGGUGGCCAUUGGCUUCACAGGUGGACUGGUCUUCAUGUAUGUGCAGUGUAAAGUGUACAUUCAGCUAUGGAGGAGACUCAAAGCCUACAACCGGGUCAUAUACGUCCAGAACCGUCCAGAGACGUGUAAAAAGCUGGUGUUCGAGAAGCCCCCCCUUAUGGAGCCUAGUCUGGAGAACAAGGAGGCACUGGUCCCCACUCAGUCAGACACAAACUCCUCCCAGUAUACAGAGACAGAGGACUAUAGCAUGGAGGUGCUCCACGUCUGACCAUACCCUGCUCUGCUCUGCUCCACCCCACAACUUGCCUGGACCUUUGCUCUCCCAACCACCCUGACCCCUUACUCCUCCCCACAUACAGAGACAGGCAACAACAUUGUAGAAAGGAAGUAUUUGUCUAUCUACUGUAGAAUGAUCACCCCCCCCAACACAUACACACACACACUGAGGCAGGAUGUCAGUGUGAUACAGUGUGUAAGAACAACAAACCCAGGCUCCCUGAGGAUGACCCAGUGUCACCAUAAGUCCAAACCACUUUCCCAAGACAAUGUUAAUGGGACUUUUUCAAACUGAUUGAGACUUAUGUACUCCUCCACUCUCCUCCCCCCCCCCCCCCCCCCCCCCCCCUCCACACCUCUGGGAGAACAGGACUCUCACUCUGAGACCAAUGGACUCAUACUUUUCUCUGGAGGUUUCAAUGUUUCUAUUGCGUUGUUUGUUGGUUUGCUUGUUUGUUAGUUUGUAUGACUUCCUGUGAGUCGUGAGCUUAACUACCAUGGAUCCAUGGGGCGAAUUGGUGGAUCCGUAGAACAUUCCAACUACUGCCAUUGUACUGCUGUGGACCCAGAACCCAUCCAGCCAUUGCCCUGGGUCCGUCUGCACUGGCCUGGAUAUGAAACUGGUCAGACCCUGGUCCACACAUCAAAGCACUUUUUAAUUGCUAGUAACCCUCUCAGUUUAUUUUUUAUUAGGAACCAAGUCCUUUAUAGUUUACAUAGGAAGCAACAUGUACUGUAUAAACAAACAAACAAACAAAAAAAGUUAUGUUUUUGACAUCUCUGCCCCCAAUUAAAAAACAGACAGUGCAUACAUAGACACAGACAGAGAUCAUUUAGAUAGAAAAUGACGUUGAGAAAAGCAAUGUCUUCUGUCUCGAUUAAAUGAUUGUCCCUAUGUAGAAGGGAAAGUACUGUUCAAUAGAUGUUUUGCUGGGUAUCCAGGUAACCCUGUGAUCUGUAACCCUAACCUUAAUUGAAGAAAACAAAUUCUAACAUGGCCUCUCACCCAACACCAUCAUGAUUCAUUUCCCAAGUCCGAACCAUAUGAACCUAUGGACGCUUUCAGAAUGUAAACUUUUUCAACCAUUUUGUACCCGACACAGAAAAAUUGCUAGAUAAUCUCUGUGUCAGUGUCAUAAUAAGACCAUUUGGAACAUGAAACAACUGUGUUUUUUCUAUUGUGCGAAUGAUACAUUACUUUUGGUAUGGUAUUACGUGUGCAGUUUUAAUAUCUGUUCAUUUGUUUGCUUAAUCACGGGAUAUGCCUGGAGAAACCCACAGCUCUCUAUUCUUAGACAAGCUUUUCAUCCCACUCCAGCUGUUGUAGAAUGGUCUUAAUGACUUCCCCUGCAGGUUAAUUCUUAUUCCAACUAGCAGAAGGUGGUCAUUAUGUACGCUAUCUGCUUAUUUAUAUGCUGAGAUUUAGAUUUAGAUCAAUUAUAUACAUAUACAGGACAUUGUUUUCUUUUUUACAGUUUAUUAAGUUAUUCAUUUAGCUGACACUUUUAUCCAAAGCAACUUUGACCAGAUUUGAACCAGAAGCCUCUUGAUCUGCAGUCAAAUGCUCUACUACCGAACAAUACCAUCCCCAAUAUUCAGUACACACAUACAGUGUGUGUUAUAAUAUUAGAGUUUGUUAAGGUACUUUAUGUGAUACAUGUUUCUUUUGCCUGCUCCAAUUGAGAGAGAAAUAGAGUGGUUCAGAUGUGAGGCUGACACCUGAUACAUAGAACUGAUACCUCAACCCUGAUACAGCAUGCAUAUUUUAGUUGAGCAAAAGUCUCUGUUGCACUGAAAGGCUCCUCUUUCGUUUCCCUGAUAGUCAUUUGAUUGGCUGUUUAUUAUUAGUCAUUUUUAUCUGGCUUAAUAUACUUUUUAUUUGACACUUUUUGUUAUUCAUGUUUCAUGUCCUAGUUGAGAGAAAAUCAAACAGAUUCUAAGGCCGAAGUCUAACCUAGGCUGCAGACAUUUUAGAAUUUUGUUUAUGUAUCAUAUUGUUCCUUCUCAGCGCCAAAUAUUUGUUGGUAUCGGAUCAGCAUAAUUUGACAAGCCAAAUGUUGUCUCGCAUUCAUGCUGCACAGAGACAAAACAUGUUUAUUUUUCUAACCACUUUAGAAUAAGGAUACAGAACGGGAAAAUGCUGUCUCUGGCUAGGUUUCAGAUGUCAGAGCAAUCUGGGUGAUUAAAAGCUGUCUGGAGAGCCCUCUGCUGUUCAGUAAGUGAAAGUGCUUUCUGAGGGAAGGAGUUGUGGAUUUCUCCAGGUUAAAUGUUCUGGGCUUACAGUCUGUUGUAAGUGCUUUUGUAAAUGUGGGAGCACAGCAAUGCCAGGCACUUGUUGAGCCUCACAACCAUUCCAGCAAAACAAGUUUUUAAAAGUGUAUUUGAUAUCAGUGUACAAUGUGAAUUACAGUGAUCCAAUGGCAACAUACCUGACACUUGUAUUACAGCGAUAACUUAAUCAUUUCUCAAUAUUGCUUUCUGUGUUUGUGUAACGUAAAGCCCCAUGAUGAUCUUGUCUUGAGAGUUGUAGUUUUGAGAAUCAUGGGUGAUCAAGACCUCUGAACUCGGACCUUCAAAACAAAUGCUAGACAGAUAAAGUGCAAUUACUCUUUUGUUGACCUGUUCAAUUCCAUAGUAAUUUACUGUUGGUGUUUAUGCUCCAGAGCACUCUCUGGUUACAUGAUGAUUAAUUCCAAAUUGAUGUGUCAUAUUUAUUUUACAAAGAAAAGUAAACACAUGAUUAGUUCACUUCAAACCCCCAAAUCGUAAUUUUAUGCAACUAACGCUACAAACCUAUUUCCACACAUGAAUUUCACUUUUGCACUUUUUUUCUCACCCUUUUCAGCAGAUCUAGAUGUGGGGCAAUUUGUAUUACAAAAGGAGACCGUAAUACAGUAAGAAUUAGAUUGUACCUUACCUUGGCAUUAUAUUGAUGGCAGUUGCUGCUGUACUGUAUGUGGACCCAUCCUGUGUUUCCUGCAUUUCCUUUUAGUUGGCGAGAUUACUGCACAUCCCCAAAUUUUUCACUGAAAAUUAGCCAGCCAGCCAUGAUUCAGCACUGCUUUUAGUUGACGCUAUAAGUUCAGCACAUGAGGGGAUUCAUUCAUGUACUGUUGAUUUGAUUUAGUUUUUCAUCAAUAGGAGCUGGCAUCUUCUAUGGUCUUUUAGGUUUAAAUUAAUAACGUUUUACAUCUUGACUGAUCCUCUUAAUUGUCCCGAUACAUUAUUCUUGCUGUCUCAAGUCACAAACUGUCCCCUAUCCUAACAACGUUUUUCAUGUGUUAUUUGCAUAAAACUACAGUGCUUUACUACUGAAUGGACUUGAACAUAUGACUGUUGGCCCUUCUUUAUAAUAUCAUUCCACACAUUUGUCUGUGAAUUUACUUUUAAAUAGUAACUGUAAAACAUUUGCCACUACUUAUGUUUUUAAAAUAUUGAUGUGUUUUGAUUUGUUUCAUUUCCCAUGUUUGAACAAAGUAUGUAGAAUGAAAAACCAACCAAAUAAAAAUGAAGUAAACUUUUAAA